AUCAAUAUGUGCUAAAAGUCGCCCUUGUCACUCACCCUAGUUCACACUCGAGCUUUGGGAUUGGCAUUCUCUCCAUUUCAUUAUAAAUUCAAGCCACCACACAACACAGAGUCACAGAGCUAAAUAUAGCAUAUAUAUAUAUAUAUAUAUAUAUAUAUACCUCCCUGCAUAUCUUCCUCAGAGUCAAAUUAAGCUUCAAGCAAAACAACCAUGUCUAAAGCAUCUGCCAGCUUUUUCUUCAUCAUCCUUCUCCUCUCUUUUACCCUGUCCUAUGCUGCUCGCCCUGAGCCAACUUUUCAUGAGGCCACCCUCAACAAUAAUAUUCAAAACCAGGACGUUGUGGAACCAAAACAAGUUGGUAAGGAAGAGAACUGCAAAGGAAUCAAGGAAGAAGAAUGUUUGGAAAGGAGGACUUUGGCUGCUCAUCUUGAUUAUAUCUAUACCCAAAAUCAAAACCCUUGAAAGCGUGUUCCCAAGGACGAGAAUCAGCUUGUUUUAUUAUUAUUUGACCAAGGUUUUAGUUUGAUUAUUGCUUAUAGAUAUAACGAAACCAGUUAUAGGAAGAGUCAGUUAUCACAUAUAUUAAAUUGCUCUCUCUGUGUUUCUUGUUGAUUUUCCCUGUACGUCAAGCUGUAUUCUCAUAUAAACUUCCUCCUGUAACCCAGCUGAUUGCUACUAUAUUUAUACUAUUCUUGUGAUUUGGUGUAUU